ACAACUUGGGCGCUAUUUUCCUUCCUCUGCAGUUCUGCUGCAGAUUUUGCUUACUUCAUUCGUUGUUCUAACCUUGAUCAUUGCUUUUAGUUCGAAUGGCGACUGUACCAGUGAACCCGAAACCUUUCUUGAACAAUUUGACUGGAAAGCCCGUCAUUGUGAAGCUUAAAUGGGGAAUGGAAUACAAAGGUUAUCUCGUCUCAGUGGAUUCAUAUAUGAACUUGCAGCUGGCAAACACUGAAGAAUAUAUUGAUGGACAGUUCACAGGAAAUCUGGGGGAGAUUCUGAUCAGAUGUAACAACGUUCUUUAUCUUCGUGGUGUACCGGAGGAUGAAGAGAUCGAAGAGGCUGACCAAGAUUGAGAGGAUAAUGCUGUGGUUUUUCGAUGUCAUCCUACUUGAGAGAUCUAAAAUCUGUUUUCGAAGUGCUUCUUAGCUCUUGGGUAAUUUUACUAACAAUUAGAGUUACUGAGUUUAAAGUUUUGAAAUUAGGAUGGUUGAUUUUACAAAUGUGGUCCUCAUCUUCUUGUUUGUCUAUUUAAUUAGUUCCUGUAAGACCAUCUGUCUGCAUAAGACAAUUGUAUUAUGUCAUGAAACAAAUCAUCCAAUCCCAAACUCACAAAAAUAACAAUGAACAAUUGAAGCUAAA